AUGAAAAAGCAAAAAUAUUGGAAAAUCUAAAAAAAAUUACAUAAAUUUGCUUCUUAUUUAGAAGCUAAUUUAACUAGAAUAGCUAGAAUUUAAAUUAGAGCUUUGUUUAUUUUUAAAUACACUGCUUAAAUUAUGUCAUUUAAAUUUGCAUUCAAUAAAAGAAGAAGAAUUGUUAAUAUAAAUUAAUAGAUUAAGUAAUGUUGAAUAUAAUUCGAUUAUUCAAUCUAUUGAGGUUUAAUUGAAAAGAACUAUUGAAUGCAUAAUGAAACUACACGAUAUUAUUUAUAAUGAGUGUAAAAGGUUUUUAAGAAAGAAAUUUAUAAAUUCUUAUAUUUAGGAUAAAAAAUUAUAAAGUUUUAUUUAGAGAAUGUAUUAGAUUACAAAAUGGCACCAAAAAAUACAUUCCUUGAUAAGAGGAUUUUAUGUUUACAUAAGAAUUCUUACAAUUAGAAGAAAUAAAUAAAUAUCAUUAAGGUCGAGAUUCAACAAUGAACACCUCAUGAAUAAGGUUCUCUCAUCCUAAUAAGUGAUUAAAAGAUUGAGGAAAGAAUUUUGGAGGAUGGGUAUUUUUCUUGGGAAUAUAGAUCUAUAUAAUUAAAAGGAGUACUUUCAAUUAUAUAUGGAGAAAUGUUUGAUUGAGUAAUAAAUGGUUUAGGCAAAUUGAU